CGCCAAACCACAGCGACUUCACGCCCGUGUCCAUUCCAAAGUUCCACCAAGAAUCACGUGAGAACAAGCAGAACCAGCCUGGAAUACCCCCGCCACGACCCCGUCCUGCCGAUAUGGGCCUAUCACCCGACCUCAAAGAGCUAGCAGAGGAAUGGCUGCGUCUGGACAAGGACAAAUCCACAAUCGACGAAAUCUACAGACUCCUCCAGCAAGGCGACGCAGCUGAACUAGACCGCCGUCUCCGCCCUCGCAUCGCCUUUGGCACCGCAGGCCUGCGCGGGCCCAUGCAAGCUGGCUUUGCGUGCAUGAAUUCGCUGACCGUCAUCCAAGCAUCCCAAGGCCUGGCUGCGUACUUGCUGAAAACCGAAAAACAUGUCAAGACGAGGGGCAUCGUCAUCGGACGGGAUGCACGGCACAACUCUAAGAAUUUUGCGAAAUUGGCGGCCGCCGCGUUCGUCGCCAAGGGGAUCAAGGUGUGGUGGUAUGAGAACCCGUCGCACACGCCUCUCGUGCCGUUUGGCGUGAGAGAACUGGGCGCUGCUGCUGGAGUCAUGGUGACCGCGAGCCAUAACCCCGCGCGCGACAACGGGUACAAAGUGUACUGGUCCAACGGCUGCCAAAUCAUACCUCCUCACGAUGCUGGUAUCGCGGUUGCUAUCCAAGAGAAUCUGGAGCCGGUGAGCUGGAACACUUCUGUUGUCGAUGACUCCCUUCUCGUUGAAGGGUCGCUGGGCCUCGUACGCGAGAAAUACCACAGGGCAAUCCAGUGCGCAGCGCAUCCCGAGGACCCAUCAAUCAAGAUUAAGUCUGAUCUCCGCUUUGUGUACACACCAAUGCACGGCGUCGGUCUGCCAGCCAUGCAACGCUGCGCGGAGGACCUAGGCGUCGCCUCCCAGAUGGUAGUUGUCAAAGAGCAAGCAGAGCCUAAUCCCGACUUUCCCACCGUCAAGUUCCCGAAUCCCGAAGAGAAAGGCGCCCUUGAUCUCGCGAUGCAGACCGCAGACGCCUCCUCCAUAUCUCUCAUCCUCGCCUCCGACCCGGACGCAGACCGCCUCGCAGCCGCAGAGAAGGUCAAUGGGAAGUGGCACAUCUUCAGCGGCAACCAGCUCGGCAUCCUCCUCGCCUCCUACCUACUCGAUCGCUAUCCCGCCUCCAAACCCCGCGAGAAACUUGCCAUGCUCGCCUCCACCGUCUCAUCGCGUAUGCUCUCUGCCCUGGCGCAAAAGGAAGGCUUCCAUUUUGCCGAAACCCUCACCGGCUUCAAGUGGCUCGGCAACGUCGCACGCGACCUCGAUGCCGCAGGUUACUCCGUAGUCUUUGCCUUCGAAGAAGCCCUCGGCUACAUGGUGCCCCAGACCGUCCACGACAAAGACUCCAUCAGCGCGGCGGCGGUCUUCCUCACGGCUGCCGCACAUUGGGCAACCCAGGGUCUCACGCCGUACACACAGUUGCAAAAGCUGUACCAGCACGUGGGAUACUUCGAGGACGCGAAUACAUACCUAGUCUCCCCCUCCCCGGCAACUACGACGCAAGUCUUUACGGCUAUACGCGCACUGGGCACCCCACACCCAACCACCCUGGGCGCCCGUAAGAUAACACGCUGGCGCGACCUCACCGUAGGCUACGACUCCGCCUCGGCCAACCACAUCCCCGACCUCCCAGUCGACCCAACCGCGCAGAUGAUCACAUGUGAGCUUUCCGACGGCUCGCGCUUCACGGUGCGGGGCUCAGGCACAGAGCCCAAGAUCAAGCUGUACAUCGAGUGCGCGAGCAGCAGCAGCAGUGCAGCCAAGGCGGGCGCGGACGAGGUACUGGGUGAUCUGCUGAGGGAGUGGUUCAAGCCUGAGGAGAAUGGGCUGGUCUUAGCCUGAGUCAGUAGUGACGAAGGCCAAAAUUGUUUAUAGAGCAAUUGCUACAUACUGCACAUAUUUCCAGUGACAGAUGUGAAACUUGCUUCACGCUGUGCAGGUCGACAGGUUCGCUGAAGAACAAUCGGGGGGUCGCUCACGUAGGUGCUUGUAGGCGCCCGCGAGAAAAGGGGAGUGUUAGGGUAAUUAGGU